GAAAUAUCGUCUUCGGUUACAUUAUGCUGCUCGUAUUUUGAACGACUCUACUUCCGAGACUCGUCAUCUCACGAACCUGAGUUCCUGUGCUGUGUUUUAAUUCCAUUGAUUUCAUCAUCAAUUCAACCUGUUUUUAUCAUAAAACAACUUUAUUUGCACUUACGUUUCACCAGCGCAUGCGCGUUGUCUUUCGGUCGCUGCGUUCCGCCGGCUAAGUGAAACUACAAAUGUUUUAACGUCGUGCCUACAACAGAUUGUACACAAUCAUCAUGGCGACGCAGGAUGGAAGUGAAGAAGUCAUAAUGGAGACUGAGGCAAAGCCAAAAGAAGCUGAACCACUGGCUGAAGAUGCUGAAAAAAGUGAUGCAGAAACUACUUCUCACUUAGAUACAGGAGACGCCACAACUCAGGACUCUAGUAUUAGCAAUGGGGAUGAAACGGACGAUAACCAGGAGAAGGUGGACUUGAAGAUUAUUUGGAACAAAAAUAAAUAUGAUCUGAAAAUUCCUGUUGAUAGCACAGGAGCCAAACUAAAAGAGAGGAUCCAUUCCCUCACUGGUCUUCCCCCGGCAAUGCAGAAAGUCAUGUACAAAGGAUUGCUCCCUGAGGACAAGACGCUACGUGAAAUAAAGAUUACAAAUGGUGCAAAAAUAAUGGUGGUAGGAUCGACGAUAAAUGAUGUAUUAGCCGUGAAUACACCCAAAGAGGUCGUUCAGGAGGAAGUCAAAGCAGAAGAAAACAAGAAAGAGCCUUUAUGCAGGCAAAAGCAACACAGGAAAGUCCUGGACAAAGGUAAACCAGACGACAUAAUGUCAGCUAUUAAAGGAACAAAGGAACGAUUACCAACAGUGCCUUUAUCCGGAAUGUUCAACAAGUCCGGAGGAAAAGUUAGACUCACGUUUAAACUGGAGCAGGAUCAGUUGUGGCUUGGAACAAAGGAGCGAACGGAGAAAAUUCCAAUGGGCUCCAUUAAAAACGUAGUGUCUGAACCUAUUGAAGGCCAUGAGGACUAUCACAUGAUGGCUUUUCAGUUGGGUCCAACAGAAGCGUCUCAAUAUUGGGUCUACUGGGUGCCUGCACAGUUUGUUGAUGCAAUCAAAGACACAGUCCUUGGAAAAUGGCAGUAUUUCUAAUGUGCCUCUUUUUUUGACAAUGAUGAACUGGGAUUGAGAGAAGGAGCCAGUGGCAAAUGAAACUGGAGUCAAUAGUGAAGCUUACUUGUCGGAAUAUAUUCGAAGGAAACGGAUGGAUGCCUGUGGACUAAUCAUAUUCUUUUUAGGUUAAAAGUGCACUAUGUGGCAGCGUAACAUUUCUCAGCCCCGUUGAUCAUUCAAGGUUUGAAGCAAAUCCAAGGGAAAACAAUGAAAUCGUUGUACAGAAAUUGCUAACACUUUUCUUCAGUUAUUCUUAAUGAAAUAAAACUUAUUUAAUAAAAUGAAGUCAGCAGGA